CAACAGAGCUUCGAGGAGCAGGGCGCAAGCAGACCAUCAGAGUCUCUGCAUUUCUUAGCCGGGGACUAGUUUUUGUAGUCCACCACUUGGGUCUGGGUAUAAACAGCACCGCCCCGAUGGUUGUUUGUUAGUGUGGAGCGAUCCAUCGCAGAGCGCCGGGCUCGAUUGACACUGUCUGCUGAUCUGCUGCUGCGGAUUGCUCAGAAUAACAAGGCUGCUCGCUAAUUCCCGUCUAUCGGGGCUUUCGCCGAAACACCGAGAGAGUAGGGUCCAAAAAAAGCCAACAAGGCAGGCAAGAACGCCGCGCCGCCGGAGUCCGCACCCCAGAAUGGCUUCAGGAGACCUUUACGAGGUGGAGCAGAUCGUGGACAAGAGGCGGAACAAGAAGGGUAAGUGGGAGUACCUGAUAAGGUGGAAAGGUUAUGGAAGUAAGGAGGACACAUGGGAGCCAGAGCACCACCUACUGCACUGUGAGGAAUUCAUUGACCAGUUCAACAGCUUGAGACUGCACUCACACAAACCGCCCAAAGCUCCAAAAACUCGUGGAGAGCCCCUCAUUACCAGCCACACAUCCGCUGCAGAAACCUCCAGAGCUCGGUCCGAGGCCCGAAAAAAGAAAAGGACUUGUGGCCCAGCUGUGGGGGUUAGAGUAGGAGCUGUUUUAGGAAUUGGAAGUGGAGGGUCAGGAGCUACUCCGAAGCAGAGAAAAGUGGGUGUAGGACCUGGGAAACAUACUUUAGGGGACAGAAUGAGCAAAGCCAUGACGUACAAGGCUCCUCCACCAGGGGCGCCUCACUUUGUUCCUCCAGUGAGGGUUCCUCAUAAUGGACUCCAGAAUGGAGAGAUGGAGCCUCUCAUGUACAGGACAGCAACAAAGUCACACAGACUGCCCUCGGACAAAGUGGAUGGAGAACUAGGAGACACUGAUACCACUGGACAGCAGUACAACACUGAACUAGGCUCCCCUCUUGCCAACGGAAAGAUGCAUCUGCACAGCUCAGUAAAGCGGAAGCUGGCCGACGAGAAAGGCUACGUGUUCGACAAGCGGCUCAGGUACAACGUGCGACAGAACGAGAGCAACUGUCGAUUCCGAGACAUCGUGGUCAGGAAGGAGGAGGGCUUCACGCAUGUGCUGCUGUCCAGCCAAACGACGGACAACAACGCCCUAACACCAGAGAUCAUGAAGGAAGUGUGUCGAGCUCUGGCUAAUGCAGCUGCUGAUGACAGUAAAUUAUUAUUGCUCAGCUCUGUGGGGACUGUUUUCUGCAGUGGCCUGGAGCCGUCCUACCUGAUAGGGCGUCUGUCCACUGACCGCAGAAAAGAGAGCAGCCGCAUCGCAGACGCCGUACGGGACUUUGUGCUGGCAUUCAUUCACUUCAAGAAACCCAUUGUGGUGGCAAUAAAUGGGCCUGCUUUGGGCUUAGGGGCCUCCAUCCUGCCACUGUGUGAUGUGGUGUGGGCCAGUGAGAGGGCCUGGUUCCAAACUCCAUGUGCAGCCCUCCAUCUCACCCCAUCUGGAUGCUCCUCUUACACCUUCCCCCAGAUCCUGGGCGUAGCUCUGGCCAACGAGAUGUUGUUCUGUGGAAGAAAACUCACAGCACAAGAGGCAUGCAGUCGAGGUCUGGUGUCACAGGUCUUCUGGCCCACCACGUUUAACCAAGAGGUGAUGCUGCGUGUGAAGGAAAUGGCGUCGUGCAAUGCGGUGGUUUUAGAGGAGUCCAAAUGCCUGGUGAGGAGUAUCCUCAUGUCAGUCCUGGAGGAAGUGAAUGAGAAAGAGUGUCAGAUGCUGAAGCAGCUGUGGUGUUCAACCAAAGGACUGGAGGCGCUCUUCAGUUAUCUGCAAAACAAGGCGUACGAGAAGUAACCAUCUGCACCCAGGAAACGGGAGAUGGUCAGCGAUGCUCUGACUCCACCCUCAGAAGAACGUCCAGGAUGAGAAGGUUGUGAUCUGAGGGAAAAGUUGCAGUAAGGGCCUUCAGCAGAGGGGAUACUCUGGAGUUCUGUUUGCUUAGCAACAACAACAAAAGUCUUCAUGAUCACCUUUUUAAAUCUACUUAUUUUUCAUUGGACCCACAGCUGUCCUGAUGUUUCUUCCCUUUUCAAGGAGUCAAAGAGCAAAGGGCCAAAUACGCAUUUCUUAAAUGCAGGGAGGUACAGAGUGUUUUCUGCACCUAUGCGAGACUUAAUCAUCAGGAUGUAUGAAAUCAAUGUAUGUCUGAAAGCACAUGAUAAAGUGAUGAUAAUAUAUAUUAAUAUAUAUUUAUUUCAAAUGUGUAAAGGAGUUGCUUUUUGUGUAUAAGAUGCAAUUUUCAGGAUUUUCUUUUAGUUGCGUAUCAUUUUGGGUUCAAGUGUAAACCAAAGUUUGCAUGAGGAUGCUGGUUCUUGCUCCUUAACAUGCACAUUCCAUCGUCUCUGCAUGGACAGAAGAAAACUGGCCACAGAAGCUCAUACAUGCGCAUGUCAGAUUCAGAGACUGCUCAAAGAAAAACAAAGGGUUUAUUUAAUCACAUAGUUCAUUGUUUAUACUGUAAAAGUCUUUUUACACAGAACUUUGUUAUCAUCAUCAUAAUCACAGAAGAUUUGCUUCCAUUACAUGAAAUCAAGAUUAAAGCUCAUGUCUUGGUGAGACCGUCUGGCUUUAGUACAAUACAAUAUCAUCCAUCUAUCAUCAAAACAGAUAUGGCAAGAGUUUAAUUUAAGUGUUUAAACUAAUUAAAUCUAAUUGAAGUCAGGAUUUCUCUGACUUGUUUGAAGUGAAAUGCAUGCAGAAUUGUCUUUCAAAUCAGGAAAAUGAGUGGAAAUGGUGAACACUGGAAGAUUCACGUGAAUGCUAGCACUGAAUAUACAAAUGUGUCUGUUCUUCAUCAACUGCCAUUUUGGCUUGAGUGCAAAAUGACAUGAUGACAGAUGCUUAAAUGAAUUAGCGGCACAUAUCACAUGGAAGGAUUUGCAGUGAAUUUUAUCCCACUAUGUUUGAGCUACAUUAUAGUAGCCUUAUGUGCAGUACUGUGGUGGUUCAUACAUAUAACAUGGCUUCCAGCUAUCAAUGCAGAUAGUGAUUGUGUGAAAUGUGUGGUUGUCUUUUUUGAAAAGAAAAAUCAUGUAGAUAUUAUCUGACAGUUAUUUCUUAGUUGUUUAUUUUUAGAGCACACAGAAGAGAUGAUUCUUGCUUGGUCCUCUAGUAAUCACAUUGUGACUACACUAAUUGUCAGUGAUUGAUAUUGUGGAAAUGCAACAGUUGUGUAGCUGGAGUCGACUUUGUCUUUAUCUGCAUGUGAUCAUUUAAGAAUUCAUGAAAUUUUAUAUUUUGAUGUGUAAUAUAGUUAGGGAUCUAUUUUGUUUUACCAAAAAAAAUGUAGGUCUGUGAAAAUUGUUUUGUAAAACUCAGAAGAUAUUUGUCCAUUUUUUGCAGUUGUUCACAUGCAGUACAGAAUAAUAUACAGAUAAUGUAGACUGUUUUGUGUAACUAAUUGCAUGUAAUAUACUGUACAUAUAAAUGUGUUGCCUGUCUGAAUACCUUGUAUUUCGGGGUAUGUUUUGUACCAGCAUUGUAAGUAUUGUUAGAAAUGUUGCAGUUUAUUUUUGUAUUUAUUUGAGAUAACUGUUUGGAUGUGCAGUGCCAUGUGGUUUCCUUUGCUCCAGAGGCACCCCGACUCUCUAAAUCACCUUCUCUAAAUUAUCCCAUAAUAGUGUUGAUGAACAAAAAUGGGUCAGGAAAACAGACACUUUAUACAUAUACAAUUUUAAAACCAAAAUGUUUAAACACUGUUGUCACUUAAAUGUUUACAUUUGACAUUAUCAGAUUAAGUAUUUUGUUGUAAAUUAUCAAAGGCAUGUCAGAUAAUUUAAUAUAUAUAUUGUGUUUUACUGAGCUUUAGAAGUAUAAACAGAUGAUCCAUAAAAUGAUCUUGUAUGUGUUUCAGAUUUCGAGCAUAUGAGACUGUGUUAAUGCUCUGUGAGGCUGUUUAGUGAUUUUGAAUUGUACUUGUGGUCGAUGCAGUUUGAUUACAGGGAUUAAUUAAUUGUGUGAUAAAGCAUUUGUUGACAUUUUAUGUCAUUAAAUACUCUAACUUUAUCCUCCUAUCUUAACUUGCCAGAUAAAAUAAUCUACAGAGGAUACAGAUGAUUCAGCUCACAAAACCAAAAUGGUCAUGUACUCACAGGCAGCUUGGCAAGUUUGUGACCAAAAACUCCAUCAGGCUUAAAUAUUCUAUUGAAAAAUGCUGGGAUUUUGUGACUUUUUUUUUUUUUUUUUUAAAGAAAGUGUCCCUAUAUUCACAUUAACUAUAUAUAUAUAUAUAUAUAUAUGUAAAUAAGUUAACAGCCCCUGUUCUCACUUGGAUUUAGGGUCCCAAGAAGAGGUGAGAAGGACACGUGUAGUGUGGCAUCUGCAGAGCGUUAAUCACACUGAUAAUCACAGGGGUCUUUAUGUAUUUAUUCAUUUAUUUAUUUUAAAUUGUAAAAUGUUACAGAUUCAGUGUGCCACCAGAGUUAGAAAAUGAAUUUCUGUAAUUAAAAAAUGUUUUGAACUAUUGGUUUCUCUCCUAAGCACUAGAUUUAAACUCCCACCUUUGUCUUUCAAGUGAGCUGAUCAUAAAAUUUGACUUAAUUCAAUUAUAACUUCAAAAACAACAAAAAAAACAAAUAAAAUCAUUUAUUACAAAUAAUGGCAUUUUUUACAGGUUUCUGUGUUUUUGUCUUUUAUAACCACAAUAUCUUGUGUUGUCUUAUGCAUUUUGCCGUUUAUGUGAUUUUUGUUCUCCCACUUUGUCUCAAAGCACAUCUUGGGGUGCCUUACAAUAUAAAUAUAAUAUCUGUUAAGAGUGAUCCAUACUUUGUGAUGGGUAGAGUGAGCUGCUUCAAAUAAAGAAACAGUACUUUCACUGUGUGGUUUCUUGUUUUACAUUCCUCAAAACGUAACAGUGUAAAAAAGCAUGUUCAGAGUCACUGUAUCUUUUAGUAAUGGCUGUGGUACUGCGAGGAUUGAAUAAUUAUUUAGAUGUGAAGGACCUGAGCUUCAAUCUACAUUCUGAAUCCUUUGCUGGUCACAUCUUCCAGCCCUAUUGUCUUGACUAAACUUGGCUGUUGGACAGACAGGUACUUGACAUUUCCUGUGUUGGUUGUGAGGAAGUAAGAGUCGCUCUCACCAGUGUUACAGGCCUGCUACAGUCUGGUUUUGGUGUUGUUAGCUACUUCCUGGAAACAGUACUGUAAAUGGUGAAGAGAAUCCACCUAGUAAUGAUUCUGAGCCCUCAUCUCCAUUUCAGUCUUCACUCAGCAAAAGGCUCAGGUGUCUUCUCGUGACCUAAAUGUGAACUUUCAUUCACGUGAACAGAGGGCCGUUGACCAAGAGUCGAUGACCUUGACAGCUGAAGACAGGUUCAGGCUGCCAUCCACAUCCAACACCAGAGAGCAUCCCUCCACACCUUCACCAGCUUAUGUUAGAUUUAACACUUAAGACCUUUUUAGUACCACAUAGAAUGCAAUUUAACACCUGUUUUAAUUGUAAAUACCAGUUCAAUACGAUACAGGCCAAGGUAUGAAUGUAUGACUGAAAACCAGUAUGGGUCAUAUGGUCUACAAUUACUUAAUUAUUAACACAUCACAUUUUUUGCUAAAAAGAGACAUUCUAAAGCCUUCUAUAAGGAAACUAAUUUCAAUGUUGUUUAGGUCUUUUCAAGACCAGUAGAUGCCCUGAUGGAUACUUUGUUGUUUAAGUGUUUUGCAAUGACACACAAGGCAAGAACAGGCUCAUCACUGAUCAUUUCACUUUAUUUGAAAUUAAUUAAUCCUCUCAUGAACCAAUAUGAUUCCCCUUUCAAAUAAACUUUCAAACAACAAUGAAUGUGUUCAGUAUGUAUGUACACUCAAAUCGAGAGUAACUCAGCCACUGGUGAUCCUGUCUUUUUUAUAUGCAUCUUUUAUACUCUGCCUGUUUUCAUGAAGUUUUCAAGUACAGGAGAAUUCCUGAGGUGUCCUAGUGGUAGUGUACUGCUGAUAGAGGGGG